AUGGCGGACGAAGCUGAUAAGGCCAAGGCGAUCGAGCUCGAGAAGAAGAUGGCGGAGGAGAAGGACCUGCGCACUCCACCCAGGGCGCAGCUCACGGAGGGCAGCGGCAGCAGCAGCGGUGGCGAGGUCCGCGUCGUCGAGCGCGUCGUCCGGCACAGCUCCGUGGUGGCGCCGCCUCUCGUGCUGACCCGCACCAACUACUCCGAUUGGGUGCUUGUGAUGCAGGUGCAGCUGCAGUCCAACGGAUGGUGGACGGCGAUCGAGCCGGGCGUCUGCGACUACUACACCGACCGCGAGGCUCUAGGCGUCAUCCUCCGAGGUGUGCCGCCGGAGAUGCUGCGCACGCUGGCGGUGAAGAGCACCGCGAAGGAGGCUUGGGACACCCUCAAAACCAUGAGGUUGGGGUGCGAGCGCGUCCGUGAAGCAAGGGCGCAGACUCGCCGCACCGAGUUCGAGAACAUCCGCUUCAAGGAUGGCGAGAAGGUGGAGCAGUUCGCCAUGCGCCUCACCGGCAUCAUGCAUGACCUGGAGGUCCUCGAAGAUGGCGUCACCGAGCUCAAGGCCGUGCAGAAAUUCCUGCGCGUCGUGCCGAAGCGGUUCAAGCAGCUCGCCUACUCCAUUCAGCAGCUGCUCGACCUCAAGACCAUGACGGUUGAGGAGCUGGCUGGCCGGUUCUUGGCUGUCGAGGAGGAGCUCGACAUGGAGGAAGAGGAGGGUGGCCAGCAUGGUGGGACUCGCCUUCUCCUCACGGAGCAAGAGUGGCGUGCUCGUGACUGCAGCGGCGCUGGCAAGAAGAAGAACAACUUCGACAUACGCAAGGUUCGUUGCUACAACUGCUAA